GUAUUGGAGCUCCGUGUCUCACUUCAACACCAAUUAAAAGGCCACGCAUGGAAGACACUGUGUUCGAUGAGAGCUCAACAUACACGUCAAACCAGUGUUCAGAUGUCACCUAUGAGCCUGAUGUCACUCAAGAGAGCAUUGAAAAGGUUUGCCAACCACUAUACAAAGCCAGGAAAUACAUGGUGUAUGAAGAGAAUUUGCUACAGCUGUUUCGGAAGUGUCAAGCAUGCUGCCAUACCUGCACAGUUGAGAAAUUUGUAAAUGGGACAUUUGUAUCCAUCACACAGAUCUGUUCACACUGCCUCCAAAAAACAAAGUGGAACAGCCAGCCACACAUCCAGAGUACACCAGCUGGGAAUUUGCAUUUGUCGGCAGCAGUAGCCUUCAGUGGGGCUUCAUACAUACAGAUCCACAAGGUACUGACAGCACUCUGUCUGGAAUGUAUAUGUCCCAGGACAUUUUUUAAUCAUCAGAAGACCUUUCUCCAGCCAACAAUUUUAUCGCACUGGAGGACUGAACAAAACACAAUGCUGGAGAUGGCAAGGCAUUCUGGAAAGGCCGUUGUCUUGGGUGGUGACAUGAGAGCUGAUUCCCCAGGACACUGUGCCAAGUAUGGAAGCUACACGAUGAUGAACCUGGAAGACAACAAGGUGGUGGACAUUCAGUUAAUCCAGAGUAAUGAAGUGGGUGCAAGUCAACGAAUGGAACGCAAAGGUUUUUUGAGAAGCCUCCAGUUCCUGGAAUCAGCAGGGUUAAGAGUUGGUGCUAUCGUCACAGAUCGGCAUCCUUCAAUACAAAAGUAUCUGAGAGAGCAGCGACCUGAUAUCAAGCAUUACUUCGAUACUUGGCAUGUCUCAAAGGGUCUCGCCAAGAAGAUCGAUGCACUAGGGAAAGAGUGUAGUUGUGGAGAGGUUCUGGACUGGAGGAGAAGUAUCAUCAAACACCUUUACUGGUGUGCAUCCUCUUCCAAGACAGGAGAAGAAGCCGUGGAAAAAUGGAAGUCUGUCACCAACCACGUCCAAAAUGUGCACCACCAUAACAGUGACUUGUUCCCAGUCUGCGCCCACCCACCUCUUGAGAUGCGAGCUUGGCUGACACCAAGUAAGGAUUUUGUUGAUUCCUAAUGCUACAU